AGAAUAUCUACAAAAUACUAAUAAACCUCAUAAUUCAGUCAAUAUAUAUGAAAACUUACACAAAAUAAUCAAGAGAAACAAAGUAGAGAGGAUUCUUGAUAACCUAGAAAAGGAGAAUAAGAUAUAUGCCAAAAAAUACAAAAACAAUAAAGUAUAUAUGAUAAAAAAUGAACAAAAAGAACAUAACCCAGCAGAUGUGCAGCGGCUUAAAUCCGAAGUAGAAGAACUGAAGGUUGAAGUUGAUGAUCUUAAAGAUAACACAAAAGAAUUGGAAAAAACGAUAAGCUACAACAGAGUAGCAAUAGAAAAAUAUAAGGAAUUGAGUAGUUUGGGUGCGAAAUUUAAAAAAUUGAAAAAGGAGAAUGAGAAGAUGAUGAAGAGAAAUGAGAAUCAGAAACAUGAAGAUAUAGAGAGUCUAAAAAAGGAACACGCUGAAACACAUUAUAAAUGGAACAAAUUAAAGAAAUUUUGUAAAGAAAUCAUACAGUUGUUGAGCGAAAUGAACGAAGUAUCCCAGGAAGACUUUAUGGAAAACCUUGGGCUAGAAAUGGACGAGAACUUUAUAGAAGAAGAACUAUACUAUCCAAAAGAAGUAGAAUAAAUAAAAUUAAUUAUUAUAUGAUACAUUUUAGUAUAAAUAAUACAUAAUACAGCUGGAAGGAUAGCACUAUUUUUACACCCUUUGUAACAAUCCAUUCAAAAUAUAAUAACAUA